GGAGCAAUCGAACUGUCUCCGGUACUUUGCUGAACGCCCGUACACCUUCAGUCUAGGGGCUGGAGAUAAGGGAAAGUGGAGCAAGAGGCCCAGUUUGGCUCUAAAGAAGAAGUGUUUCCACGUAUGGCUUUGUUGUAGUAACAACACACCGAUAUAUUGUUUUGGUGGAUUUGUGGAAGGAAAAGGACACGUAUUUUGUUCUGAAAGGUCGGCCGUUUUUUUUUCAGAAGCUUUGUGGCGUUGAGUGAGAGACCAUGGAGAUGCAAAUAUGGUCCACAAGGUGGAAAACCAAGAGCCGGCUUUUGUACCCCACUCUAACCACCAUCGUCACUCUCACUGUCCUUCUGCAAGUCGUCAAUGUCCAAGCAGCUGACCCGGUGGAUGUACUCAAGGCUCUGGACUUCCACAGCUCUCCGGAUGGCGUCCGUAAAGUCACGGGCUACUGCUCUCACCGGAGAGGAUCUAAACCUGACAUAGCCUUCCGUGUGGGGAAGCAGGCCCAGAUCAGCGCUCCCAGCAAGCAACUCUUCCCAGGAGGAGUGUUCCCAGAGGACUUCUCAGUGAUGUUCACCAUCAAGCCCAAGGCAGGCAGCCAGUCCUUCCUGCUGUCUGUGUAUAAUGAGCAGGGGGUCCAGCAGCUGGGUGUGGAGGUGGGACGCUCCCCUGUCUUCCUGUACGAAGACCAGCAUGGGAAACCUUCCCCAGAGGAUUACCCACUGUUCAGAUCCAUCAAUCUCGCUGACGGCAAAUGGCAUCGCGUGGCCAUCAGUGUGGAGAAGAAGAGUGUGACCAUCAUUGUGGAUUGUAAGAAGAAGCUGAGCAGGCCACUGAAGAGGAGCGACGGGGCGGCCAUCAACACUGACGGCAUCGUUGUCUUUGGAACCAGGAUUCUGGAUGAAGAAGUUUUUGAGGCCUGUACCCGGGAGAAAAAGGGGGCUUAG